AUGCAGAGGAGAGCGCUUGCGAGGCUGAGACGAUGUCAGGCCGUCCACCCAGCCUGCGCCGUCAGGAGCGGACGAGCGCUCCUUCCACCGACAAGACGCCGUGAGUUCCACUUGUCCUCGCGUGCAGAUCAAUCGGGCCAGGCGACCGCUCCCGAAAACGAGGCGGAAGACAGCACGGCCUCCCGGUCAUCCUUCCCUCGGAAAUUCGGCGGAGGAUGGGGCGCUCAACAGCCAAAGAAGACUUCCACUCUCAGUGCGAGUGAGGAAGCAAGCAGACAGGCUAUUUUGUCGUCAGGGAUGCUGAAACCUAAGCAGGAGCCGCAAUCCAAAGAAGAUACAAAAUCCAAAGAAGAUACAAAAUCCAAAAAAGAUACGAAAUCCAAAGAGGAUACGAAUACAAAUGGGCCGUCGGAAAGCAAGGAUGAUCCCCUGACGUUCGUGAUAAACCGCGCGAACCCUUAUCGGUCGGAUCAACCAGGGCUCAAACCUUGGAAGCGGUUACAGCAAGGGAAGGUCAAAAUCCCUCGGCAUCUCCGUCUCGAAGAUUGGGACUGUCCGGAGUGCCACUACAGAGUUUUCGGGAUAAAUGACAAGUGCCCGGCAUGUUACACCACCCGCCCGGAUCUUUUGCCUAAUUUCAAGCGGGUGGACCUUUCAAAACAGACUGUCAAGAUCCGAAAGUUGGGCCAGUCAGUGAUAGAGGACUGGAAGGAUGGAAAGCUUAACGACCCAAGUAGCCAGAGCGAUCGUCUCUCGCCCCGGGAGAGGGCAAUGCGCGCGUAUGCUCAGCAACGGGAAGCUGAAGCAAAGGCGUCGUCUGAAGAGCCUUCCUCGAGAAGCGGAAGAUGGAUGGAUCCAUCCGAAGAGGAGGAGGUCCGCUCGCAGAAGUCCAAGCGUCCGAAGAACACCAGACAGCAAGAAUCUGACUUUGAAGACGAGGAAUAUGACGAGGAUGAGCGCCGUCGUCGCAGAGAAGAGCGCAAGCGCAAAAAGAAAUUGAAGUCGCAACAGAAGGAGGUCGAUGCACCCCCGACGCCUCUCUAUCUUCCGGAAUUCAUCAGUGUGAUCAAUCUGGCCGACAUCCUUGGUGUCCGACCCACAGAUUUUGUUGCGCGCAUGGAGGAGAUGGGUUUCGAAGGCGUGACGUACACCCAUGUGCUGGAUGCAGAGACCGCAGGGCUGAUCGCGUCCGAGUACAAUUUUGAGCCAAUCUUCGAGACGGAGGAAGAGGAUUUGAAGGCUGCGCCUGAACCGGAAGACAAGUCUGCUCUACCCUCGCGACCGCCGGUGGUAACGAUUAUGGGUCACGUUGACCACGGUAAAACCACCAUUCUUGACUGGCUCCGUAAAUCCUCCAUCGCGGCUUCUGAGCACGGCGGUAUCACCCAGCACAUCGGCGCUUUCUCCGUGGCGAUGCCAUCCGGCAAGACUAUCACGUUCCUGGAUACACCUGGCCAUGCUGCAUUCUUGGAGAUGCGCCGUCGCGGUGCCAACAUGACUGAUAUUGUGGUCCUGGUUGUCGCUGUGGAUGACAGUGUCAAGCCGCAGACAGUAGAGGCAAUCAAGCAUGCCAGAGAGGCAGAUGUUCCUAUCAUUGUGGCCAUCAACAAGAUCGACAAAGAAAAUGUCAACCCUGAGAGGGUUAAGCAAGAUCUUGCCCGUCACAACGUUAACGUUGAAGACUAUGGAGGUGAUGUCCAGGCAAUCUGUGUCAGUGGCAAGACAGGCCAGGGGAUGUUGGAUCUUGAGGAGGCGAUUGUGACAUUGUCUGAGUUGCUCGACCAUCGAGCUCCUGUCGAUGGAAACGCAGAAGGUUGGGUUGUCGAAGCUACCACGAAGAAAGUCGGCCGCGUUGCGACCGUCCUGGUGAGACGAGGAACACUGCGUCCGGGAGAUAUCAUUGUCGCAGGUACGACCUGGGCUCGUAUCCGUACCCUGAAAAACGAGGCUGGUGUUGCAGUCGACAAGGCUACGCCCGGAAUGCCAGUCGAGAUCGAUGGCUGGAAGGAGCAGCCCGAGGCAGGUGCUGAAGUUCUUCAGGCACCCAGCGAGCAGAAAGCGAAGGAUGUUGUUGAAUACCGACUCGAGAAAGCUGAGACUCAAAAGCUGAGCCAAGACACGGCCGUCAUCAACGAGGCUCGCAAGGAGACCCUCGAGAAACGGCGUCGAGAGGCGGAGGAGGAAGAAGGUGAAUCGGAGUCCACGGAAGCUCCAACUGGCCCGAAAGCUAUCAACUUCCUGAUAAAAGCGGAUGUCUCUGGCUCAGCUGAGGCGCUGAUGAACGCAGUUUCCGGCAUUGGUAACAAUGAGAUCUUUGCCCACAUACUCCGUUCCGGCGUUGGUCCCAUCACCGAGUUCGAUGUCAAGCACGCUGCCAUGGCAAACGCAAACAUCAUUUGUUUCAACACGCCUGUCGAUCCGACCAUCUCACGGAUGGCUGAAAGCCAUGGCGUGAAGAUCCUGAAGCACACCAUCAUCUAUGAAUUGAUCGACGACGUGAAGGCUAAAAUGAGCGAGCACCUGCCUCCAUCUGUCUCUCAGCGCGUCACUGGCGAGGCCGAAAUCGGACAGAUCUUCCAUAUUACCGUCAAAGGGCGGGAGACGACUCCCAUUGCUGGCUGCAAGGUCCGCAACGGUGUCAUCAGUCGAGCUAAGAAGGUUCGCGUUCUGAGAGGGAAAGAAAUCAUCUACGAUGGUGCUAUUGCAUCCCUCAAAAACGUCAAGAAAGACGUUACAGAGAUGCGCAAGGACACCGAAUGUGGUAUGGGUUUCGAAGGCUGGACCGACUUUGCUGUUGGCGACCACGUCCAGUGCUACGAGGAGAUCUACGAAAAGAGAUAUCUCUGA